CGAGCCCCAACUAACUCGGACUUUUGGAUACUCGGACUUGGCUUACUUCACUAGUCAUUGAACGUACGUACCUCCUCACCUCUUAGGCUCUUACCCAUUCCAAAUUCCAAAUUCCAAAUUCCCAAUAUCCCAUCCCUCUUUCACUCUCUUUCUCUCCUCAGAAAACGAAACAUUGUAUAAAAUGGUGGGUGUGGCGGGAAGCCUAUCAAACACAGUACUACUGCAUCGCUUUAAAUAUUUCAUUCCUUUCCCCUCUUUUUGCAACAAAUUAACUGCACUCUCCAAGUUUCGACAACAUAGAAAACUUCAAUUUCAUCUUAAUUUUGCUAAUUUCUCCACUACCCAAUUCGAUUCUCACAAAACCCAUUUAGCAAAUGUGGAUAAUUUGAUUGUUCUUGGGAUUGAAACCAGUUGUGAUGACACUGCUGCUGCUGUUGUGAGAGGCAAUGGAGAAAUUCUUAGUCAAGUUGUGUCAUCUCAGGCAGAUCUGCUUGUCCAGUAUGGAGGAGUUGCCCCAAAAAUGGCCGAAGAGGCUCAUUCAAAGGCCAUCAACCGGGUAACACAAUCUGCACUUGAUGAAGCAAAUUUAACUGCUAAAGAUCUUUCUGCAGUUGCAGUUACUAUUGGUCCUGGAUUAAGUCUUUGCCUACGUGUUGGUGUCCGUAAAGCUCGAGAAAUCGCCCGUAGCUUCCAGUUGCCUUUAAUUGGCGUGCAUCAUAUGGAGGCUCAUACUUUAGUAGCAAGGUUGACAGAUAGAAACCUUCAGUUUCCCUUCAUGGCUCUGCUCAUUUCAGGAGGACACAAUCUUCUAAUUCUUGCACGUGACUUGGGCCAUUACAUACAACUAGGGACAACUAUUGACGAUGCUAUUGGUGAAGCAUAUGACAAGACAGCAAAGUGGCUUGGCCUUGAUAUGAGAAGGAGUGGUGGUCCUGCUGUAGAGGAGCUUGCUCGAGAGGGUGAUUCUGAGUCUAUAAAAUUUAAAACCCCAAUGCUACAUCAUAAGGAUUGCAACUUUUCCUAUGCUGGUCUGAAGACUCAAGUGAAGUUGGCAAUUGGAUCAAAAAACAUUGAUGCGGAAAUUCCACUUUCCUUAGCAAGUAGUCAUGACAGAAGUUCUAGGGCUGACAUUGCAGCUUCUUUCCAGCGAGUUGCGGUGUUACAUUUGGAGGAAAGAUGUGAAAGAGCUAUUGAAUGGGCAUUGAAAAUGGAGCCAUCGAUUAAAUACUUUGUUGUCUCAGGUGGCGUAGCAUCAAAUCAAUAUGUGAGAGCAAGACUUGAACAAAUUGCCAAGAAUAAAGGCCUGCAGCUUGUUUGUCCUCCACCCAGCCUUUGUACCGACAAUGGUGUCAUGGUUGCUUGGACUGGCAUUGAGCACUUCCAGAUGGGAAGAUUUGAUCCACCGCCACCUGCUGAUGAACCUGAAGAUACAGUGUAUGAUCUCCGGCCUAGAUGGCCACUGGGGGAGGAAUAUGCUGAGGGAAAAAGUGAGGCACGCUCCAUGAGAAAAGCCAGGAUGCAUCCAUCGCUCACAUCUCUCAUCCAAGGCUCAACCAAACAACUCUUGUAGCAUCGCAUGAUCUCCCAGUUUCUUCAUUGAUGCUGCUGGGUUUCCAUUAGGUUGCAAGAUGCUGUGCUACGCUUAUCUGCAGGAGUCAUCCCUAACCAUUUAGUCUAAGAGUUGACAACUGUUCAUAUUACAGCAUUAGAACUGUAGAACUUCAUCACUCAUAUUUGUUGUAUGUACUGAUUUUUUUUUUGCUUAUUAGCGAAAUCCUAUUUUUGAGGGCAA